AGAAGAAAAAAUCACGAAAAUCUAUAAUUACUCGGUCACAUAUGGCUUUUCAUAUGUCCGUGUCAGAUCCGGCGAUCUCAAAAUUCAACGGCUGAACUUCGUUCGCCCACGUGGAAUUAUGAAUUAAUCAGUUUAAAAAUAUAACCGCAUGUUAAGGAACCGUUUCUUUUCUUUUUGGUUUAAUCUCUCAUCAUCGAAAUCUAAAACUUAGUAAUUUCCGUUCUCUCUGUUUGAACUCAAAAUGAAAAAUUUCUAUAAUUUUCUCAGUUCUUGCUGCCGUUGUUCUGCAGAAUAAAAACCUCGGGAAUUGCUUGGAAAUUUUCUCUGUUCUUCAACUUUUUCUGCUCGUCAUCCGUUCAUUUCUGCUAAAAGAUCGGAUAAUUUCACCUGAAGAAGUUUGUUGUAAUAGUGAUUUUCUUUAGAAAUUGGUUUAACUAUGGUCACAGUGGAGAAUACAAUAAAUAAGAAAGAAGAUCGUCUACCUAGAGAAGCAAGGGAGAUUUUGCAGUCAUUGGCUAUCAAGUGGGGAGAUGAAAUUGAUUCAAGUGCAUUGCAAAUGAUCCCUUUGAAGGGAGCCAUGACCAAUGAGGUCUUCCAAAUCAAGUGGCCGACUAAAACAGAGGAUGUCUCAAGAAAGGUUUUGGUUAGGAUUUAUGGUGAAGGCGUGGACGUGUUUUUUAACCGAGAAGAUGAGAUAAAGACAUUUGAAUUUAUGUCAAAGCACGGGCAGGGACCUCGGCUUCUAGGGCGAUUUUCAAGUGGCCGAAUUGAAGAGUUCAUCCAUGCAAGGACACUAUCAGCUGUGGAUCUACGCGAUUCAGAAAUAUCUUCCCUUAUAGCUGUUAAAAUGAAGGAGUUCCAUGAUCUCAAUAUUCCAGGUUCAAAGAAUGUGUGUUUGUGGAAUAGAUUACGAAAUUGGCUAACUGCUGCCAAAAAAUGUUCCCUGCCUGAAGAAGCCAAAGCCUUUCACUUGGAUUCUAUGGAAGAAGAGAUUUCUAUAUUGGAAAAGGACCUCUUGGGUGAUCGUCAAAGUAUAGGUUUUUGCCACAAUGAUCUACAGUACGGAAACAUAAUGCUAGAUGAGGAGACGAGAUCAAUAACUAUAAUCGAUUAUGAGUAUGCAAGUUAUAAUCCCAUAGCCUUUGACAUUGCAAAUCACUUCUGUGAAAUGACAGCUGAUUAUCAUACAGAUACUCCUCAUGUUUUGGACUACAUCAAAUAUCCGGGUUUGGAGGAGCGCAAAAGAUUUGUUCAAAUAUAUCUGAGUGCUUCAGGUCAUCAACCCAACGAUGCUGAGGUGGAGCAAUUAGUCCAAGAUGUUGAGAAGUAUACUCUUGCUAGCCAUCUUGUCUGGGGCCUCUGGGGAAUAAUAUCGGUAAUUUUGUUCUCCAGACAUGUCUCACUAUGGUUAUUAGCCUUAAUCACACUAUCUUUUCAAAAUGUUAUGGCCGUUUUAUUUUGUGCUAACUGCUAAGAGCAUGUGAACGAUAUUGACUUUGAUUACAUCGAAUAUGCGAGGCAGAGGUUUGAACAGUAUUGGUCCAGGAAACCUGAUCUUCUGGGUCAAGAGAAAGUGACUCGUGUAUAGUUGGUGAGUUUUUGUUUCCAUGUGAAAAUCAAUAGGAACGUUCGUUUUUGGUUUUGAGGAUUCCAUGUAAUGUAAGGUAUUAUGAUUCCUUUAUUGACUUUCUGACGAACUUUUGUAUUUGACAUCCCUUGUUGAGGGUCGCUCCAUAUGAAUAAUGCUGUGUAAAAGUAAAUGAACAGAUAAAUUUUCUAUCAUACCAACAAACUGAGUCACGAUGUUAAUAAAUCCAAUCCUAUUAAUAUGUAAUAUGUUUCAUUGCA